CUUUUCUUGACAAAAAAAGAAAAACCGUACACAUUGGUUUAUCGAUAGUGUAGCUACACACAGGAGCUAUGAACCUACAGUUUAUAGACACCGAGGUUGCUGAUACAGUCGAGCAGCUUAAGCAGAAAUAUUUGGAGAGGAGGAAGCAGUUUCCAUCACCAGAAGACAUUUCAAUUGGAAGAAGUGAAGAGGCAGUACGGCAGAAUAUGUUGACCAAGCGGCCAAGCAAAGAGUUGAAAAGCUACAGCAAGGCUUUAUAUGAGCUGUUCGAAGCAGUUUCUAAUAAUCCUGACCAGUUUGGCAGUGAUCGUGGUCUGCAUGGCAGUAAUCAGGACCUGAGGGGGGUCUCUGCAGGUUCCCCGCUUCAGUACUCCCAGGCGCUGUUUACAGAAACAGAUGUGACUCUGCCUUCCUCUCUGGAUGAGAGCCCCGGAGCCCAGGACAAUACGAAAGAUGGGGAGAUGUGGAGAAUUCACAGACUUCUUGACAUGAGAUGUUCCUCUUCCUUAGUGCUAGAAAACGUGUACCAGGAGAUGAUGACCAUCUAUGAACAACUAAAGAAACACCAGCAAGAGCUGAGCAAGCUGCAGGAAGCUCUCCGAGAGAGGAGCAAGGAGAGCAGGAGGCUCAAGGCCAGCUUCGACUCCAUCAAGGGGCUGAACGACAGCAUGAGGAAACAGUUGAAUGAGAUCAUUGAACAGAAUAAAAAGUUGGAGAGCCAAUCCAAGAGGGUGCAUGCUAGACUUGAGAACCUACAGAGGAAAUAUGAGCACAGCAUUGCAUUGAAAGGCUGUCAGAAAGUGAGCACAGAGAUGAUUAAACCAUCCCAAAAGGAGAAAACGGCUGCCUGUGGAAAAUCAAACAACAAGGGCAGCUCUAGUCCCACCUCUCUAAAGCUCCAGGCCCUUCUCCUGGACUGGGUGCUUAAUGAACAGACGCUCUCAUCAGCAGCAGGAAACAAAGAGAAGGGUCUCGGCCACUGUCUGCCUCCAGAGAUCGUACUCAACGAGAGAUGCCUGAAGGUGCUGCCAUUAUUAGCAGAUCAGCUUCAUCACACUCCUUCAUCGGAACCAGACCUCCUUCUAAGCCUUCUUCGACUCAUCCUCUGGGCUUUGAGACAGAUGGACAGCAGCACACAGCAUGUAGCACUCUCUGCCACUCUGCGGCGGAUAGGAGAGGAAGUAUCAAAGACCCCGGCUCAGAUAGCGGUGCUUCAGUCUGAAGAUCCAGAGCGGCCCCCCUGCAGGAGCUGGCCCCUGUACCGCAGCCCCCAGCCUCACACACGCAUCCUCUCCAACCUCAUCAUCCUCCACACCGUCACGCAAGCUGAUGUGCUAGCCCAGGCUCUGGACAGUCUGCGCACCGAGCUGAUGUCUGAGGAGAGCCGAGGCCUCUUCCUCCACUCUGGAGGCGUGCGUGUGCUGCUGUCGAUGCUCCGGGCCGGCCGUGGAGGGCUUCACACACCUGUAGACAUCCUCAUGCAGCUUGCUGAACAAUCCCGCUACUUAAAUCCCUUCCUUGAGGCGUGUAGCUGUGAAGAGUUUUUUCGAAUGGCCGCCCAGCUUCUCAAAAACCCUCGUCUGGAGCUCCCGACGCUGGAGAAGCUCUCCGUCCUUCUGCAGAAGCUCUCCACCAUCAGGAAGAACCGCCGUCUGUUUGAGCGGUCCUCCCUCCACCUCCAAAUACAAGAGCUCAAUCACAAAGCCAACCACACACACAACUUCCUCUGCAUCAACCUCAGGUCCAUCCUCCACAACCUCCAAUAACACACACACACACACACACACACACACACACACACACACACACACACACACACACACACACACACACACACACACACACACACACACACACACACACACACACACACACACACACACACACACACACACACACGUGUUUUAUGCUCUAGUAUUGGCCUUAACAACCCAGGCCUCCCAGUGAGGAUGAAGGUGACUCUCUUUGUGUUUCAGUACUUCAGCAUGUUUCUCGGUCUUAUUGUUUUUCUAUCCCACAAUGCUAAUCUGAUGUCUUGUCCUCUGUUCCUUCUGUGAUUGUCAUGCUUGCCAGCGAACUUAAUGGGUGUCUGAUGUGCUCAGAGGAAGAGAGGCGGUGACUGGGAAGCUUUUUAAUGACAAUAAACAAAAACAACUGAAGGACAUUAAGACGGGACUGCAUAUGAAAUGCUGGGAUCCAUGUGUUUUUUAUAAACGUGUCUUAUUUGUUUAUUCCAGAGCAUGGGUGGGUUAGUGGGAGUAAUGGGCUCAGUAUGGGACACACUGGUGGUGUUGGGUGAUGGAGGAGAUUGGACGGACUGGAACAAUUACGGACGAUAUUAAAAACGUUCUCGGAAGUGUUCCAAUUUAAAAAGAGUGCAUCCAAUUUUUUUUAAGGCCACUACAGCAUCUGAAUUCCUGAAUUAACGGCGGGCUUGGAAGGGCUCAGUCAUCUGUGUGAAAUUAACAUUGUAUAAAAAUGUAUUUAUUUUGUGAAAGCGCAAAUUGUCAACCCUACCAUAUAGUCUAGAAAAUUAGUUUUUUGGGCCAAAGAUAUUGUGAUGUUAUCUCCAUAUUGUCCCGCCCUAGCUACAGCCAAUGAUUUUCAUGGUCAGUUAAGCUGUCAAUUAUGUUCUUGCAUAAUCAAUGAAUUUCUUGUUUUACAUUAAG